UUAAAAAAGUGAAAUCAUAAGUUUCAGGCCCUACUUGGUACUGUAUUUGUGAUAAGUGCCAUUAUACAAAACAGCAGAAUAUAACAGAGUUUAGAUUGUAAAUAAAUAGAAUCAGAUUAUCACUAGAAUAGAAAAAUAAAAUAUGUCGGGGACUUUUCCAAACAAGCAUCAGGACACUGAUGACGCAGUGUGAAGUUUUCAGUCAUCUGUUGCUGCUCCAGUUCUGCCUGUAAUCAGGAGGAGGAGGAGGAGGAGGAGGAAGCUGCUGCGGUCAGAGUGAGUUAAAACCGGCAUGGAAAUCGAAGAUGAGCCGCUGUCUGAACACAUGCAUCCAUUAUUCCGCCAGACUCACUUCAUCAUGCUGCGCGCUCGUCUACAGCAUCCUCCUCUCUCCUGCUCUGUAAGGUGGACUCACUGAGGCGGCUCUGAGAAUACAGGAUCACCUGACGACAUCUGCCUCCAUCAGGACACAUGAUGAUGAUGAUGAUAGAGGAGGAUGAAGCGGAGGCUCAUCAGGUGGAUAUGGAGUCGGGUUUGGGCUGGACGAACGACUUCUCGUGCGAGGUGAACGCGGAUCUGUCGCUCAAUCUGUCCAUAUUUAAAGUGGAUUCGGAUCAUGUUCCAUCAGCAUCGUGCAGGAGGAGAAGGAUGAUGCUGGAUGCCGGAGGAUUUCACGGCUUGACGGGAGCUGCGCUGCGCAAAACCAAGGCGUCUUCCCGGCGGAACGCGUGGGGAAACCAGUCGUACGCGGAGCUCAUCACCCGAGCCAUCGAGAGCACGCCCGAGAAAAGACUCACCCUGUCUCAGAUCUACGACUGGAUGGUCCGAUAUGUGCCCUAUUUCAAAGAUAAAGGAGACAGCAACAGCUCUGCCGGCUGGAAGAACUCCAUCCGCCACAAUUUAUCCCUGCACACACGUUUCAUUCGUGUGCAGAAUGAGGGAACUGGCAAGAGCUCCUGGUGGAUGCUGAAUCCUGACGGAGGGAAGCCGGGAAAGUCUCCCCGCCGUAGAGCCGUCUCAGUGGACAACGGCACCAAGUGCUUGAAGAGGAAAGGACAAGUAAACCGUAAGAAUGCAGCUGGGAAAGAAGAGAAAGGUACAGAGACAUUGAUGGGGUUCUGCAGCUCUCCGGAGCAUUGCAGUCCCACUAGGAAGUCUGGAACAGGCGGGGUGGUGGUGGUUAGGGAGGAGUUUGAAACCUGGACGGAUCUCCAUUCACUCGGCAGCUCUUCAGCAUCAACUCUCAGUGGUCGCCUAUCACCCAUCCUAGCAGAGGGGGAACUGGGGGAACCUGAAGAGGGGAGGAUAUCCUGCUCAGCAUCUCCACGCCUCUACCCCAGUCCCUCCAGUGUCCACUCACCUGCAUCCCACUGCCCUACAGAUCCCAGAGCAACAAACACCUACCAGCAGCACCAAUCCCCAUGCCAUAAACACACUCCUUACCACUACACCAGUGACAUGAAGGACCAGGGCUCCAUCUGCGAGACAGUUUAUGGCCAGCCAGAUGCGGGCAUGCUUCAGCACCAUUCCUCCAUGCAGACUAUUGAGGAGAACUCCAGUAGUAUGCAGGCCUACAAAGGCACAAGCACCCUCCAGAGUUUACUGACCAUAGGAUCCCAGUUUCUUGUCAAGGACAUGAUACUUGGGAAAGAGAAUGAGGUGCACUCCAUGAUGGUUGGUGCAGGAUCCAGAGGUCUGCAUCACAGUCACAAUAAUGACCCUUCGUUCAAACCAUUUCACAGCCACAACAUCAUUCAAAGCCUGAGCCAGGACCUUCGGCCAGCAAUGGUCCACUCUCAGCCCAAUGAUGGACACAUGCAGUCGUACAUACAUAAAGCCCCUUACCUAUAUAGUCCCCCAGUCAACACACAUCUCCCAGCAGCCACCAACCCUUCCGGCAUGCAGGGAAUCUCCCAGGACACCUGCCACCUUACUACAUCCCCAUACCCUCAACCCCAUGCCUAUAUUUACACCGACUCACAUCAGCACAGUAUGGCAUAUGGACUGUACCGUCAGCCUCAGGGGACGGGGACGGGUUAUUACAACUACCACCACCCCGAUCAGCUAUACCCACACGAGCGGCUGCCACCGGACCUGGAUAUGGAUGUAUUCUACAGCAGCCUGGACUGUGACAUGGAGUCUAUUCUUCUACAUGACAUUAUGGACUCUGGAGAAGAGAUCGAUUUCAACUUUGAUUCCUCACUGGCACAAGGAAUGGGCAUGGGAUGUGGAUUUACGGGCACACAGCAGAGCCACAGCAAACAGAGCUGGGUGUCUGGAUGAAUAAACGCCACAAAAUCCUUACUUCCUAAGACACAACUACCUACAUGCCAGCCAGCGGUGGGCUCCCAUCACUCCACCACAAUUCAGGGCAAAAACACUGUGCUAACACUGAAAUCAAAUCAAGAGGGAAAGCUCUCCUUUGAAAGUCCAUCUUUGGAUUUAUGUUGUCUGUUUCUGUCUAUGUUGUGUGUCUUUGUAUUGAAAACUGCUCUGUCCCUUACAGUUUCUCUGUGUUCCAGUUUGCUGUGAGUGAACCUCCUUUAGUAUCGCUGACUGAACCAUGAUGACAAUCUAAGGCAGGGAUCUCAACUCUGGACCACUCUCCUGCAGAGUUUUGCUCCAACCCUAAUCAAACACACCUCAACAAGCUAAUCAAGGUCUUCAGGAUUACUAGGGCUGCAUUUAAAUCCAAUUUUUUUAUGCCCUUCCCUUGCUAAUUUCCUUUCGUCUCAUUCAUUUGGAUGUACAUCAUUGUUUACAUUGCACAAGUGCCCACAACUGGUGGAACCUCUGAAUGUCUUUAAAUGGAACGCCCUAAUCCCUUGAUCACUUGGGGCCCUAUUUUAACAAUCUAAAUGCAUGGUCUGAAGCGCAGGUGCACUUAGGUCAUGUCCGAAUCCUCUUUUGCUAGUUUAAUGACAGACAAAAUGGACAGUGCGCCAAGCGUAUGGUCCAAAAGGUGUAUAUCUAAUCUCUUAAUGAGUCAUGGGUGUGUUUUGGGCAUAACGUGCAAUAAACCAAUCAGAACAUUUAAAAAUGUUUGUGUGCUGCUGCGCGUCCCUGUGUGUUUAACAAGCAGAGUGUACGUACGUUGUGCACCCGCAUAUAGGCGCAUAUUACUAACGCCUGUGACCGGGUUUUUGUUGUUCAAUGGUGCAGUCAUUUUCAGUUGCCUCAAAAUAGCAACACGCCAACAAUGCACCUGAACACACCUCGUUUUCAGACCAGCACACCCACGGGUGAACAGAUGGGCGCGAGUGCAUUUGCUAUUUAAACAACAUGUCACUGGACGUGAAAAUGUUAACUGCAUCAGACUGAACCUAGCAAAAAACACUUCCGUCGCACCUAGCGUCGCAUUGCACCGGGUGUAUGAUAGGACCCUUGGAAUCCACAAUGGAGCUGAUUUAUUAUUUACAGUUUUUUCCCCUUUUUUAUCAAUUCUAUAGGCCUGUAUGUAUGCUUGGGCUGUUGGAGAAAAUAUAAAAAAAUUACACAAACAAAAAAUGAUAACAGUACAAUAAACUAUAAAAGGUAUCUACUAGUAUUGUGCAGUCAAAAUAACUCCAUUAUCAUACAUUAGAGUUGUGUGGGGUGAGAGUAAAUUAAGUGUGAUCUGCUGUGACUUCACAAUCAUGGUGCAUUGUGGUCUAUGGAUCUGCCUGAAGUGUACAUGUUGAGUAGACUCGCUCCCUCGGGCAAAAUUGCAGGUUCAAGGGUCUGCCCAAAUACAAUUCCCUCGCCCACUUGAUGAAGUUGAGCGCACUUUAAAAUGGCGGCAGGGAUUCCCCUGAGGAAAAGUGCUUAGGGAAGUUUGCGAGUGUGUGUCUAAAAGUGGAAUUUUGAUCAAGGUUGGGUCUAAACUUUGCAAGAAAGUGGACCUCGAGGGCCAGAGUUGAGAACCCCUGAUUUAAGGUAAAUUACCCAACAUUCUUUUGUUCUUCAAUCAAAACUCUUGUGCACUUUAUCAAUAUCGAGAAAAUCCAUAUUUUUAUAAUUUCUCUCUCAGAAAAGACACAAGGGAAGCUUGGAACUGGAAACACAUCCUAGAAAAAUGCUGAAUUAUUUUGUGAUUGUCAUCAUCAGACGUAUGAUUAUCAGAAACAAAAGGAACUGCUGAGUUCAUGUUGUUUCUCUGAUCUGAGGGUUUAAUUUUACUGAUCAGUUCCUCAUUGGUGCUACAUAUUAUAGCCAUGAGUAUGUGUGGUUUCCAUGAUUACUCCUCCUCAUUCUCCAUCCCAAACUCUUGUUUUCUUAAGGUGGAAAAUCAGUGGGGUCAUUGAUUUUCCAGUAGACCAAAAGGUCUGUUUAUUUCAUUAAAAUUUGUAUCUAACUCCAUCUCUCCAUCUCUAAACACCAGUCUUCUGUUCGGGUGUUGAGGCAGCAGGAAAUUUUUAUACUGUUUUUUUUUUUUUUUUUUUUAAUUUGUUGUUGUCAGUUGAUAUUUUCCUCUUCGUAACUGUAAACCCAUAAGCAUAGACCAUAUCCUGGUGACUCUUUAUAACUGUAGAGCUUCUCUAAAUAGCUCACUGCAUUACAAAAUGAUAAAAGGAAACUCUUCCACGAGGUUCCUGAACAAAUGACAACAGUCUAUGAAACUGAUGUGUCAAAGAAACUCGUUCUGGUUCUUUGUGUCUGUGUCCUGAUAUUUUAUGUUGCUCUCUGUGUUUGAAAUUGAAUCAUUUUUUGUCAAGGUAUUCUUAUUUUGUACAAACAAAAUCAAUAUAUUGAGAAUAUUGUAUUAUAGUUUUUAAGACUUUAAAAGGUGUUUAUUGAUUUCAUUGCUUGUUUCUUUUUUAAGAGAAUGUUUCAUUUCAUGACUGAUAAAUAAAUGAGAAGAUAAUGCUCUCAUAUGGCUGAAUACGUUUCUUUUAAUUUUGCAAUAUAGAAGCGCUGAAACACUGAGUUAUGUGUGUUUAUGUGUAUGUCAGAGCAUGUGAAACUGACAUGUGAAAAGAAGAACUAAAUACAGUAAAUGCACUGGCUUCAUGUGUAAAGGUUUGUAGACGCAUAUGAGUUAUAUAGUGUUACUGUAAAGAGGUAUUU